AUGGUAACCCAAGCUUCAACGUACUACCCAUACCCUGCAGAAGAGUAUAUGUACAUUAGUCAUGUGAAGGUAUAUCGAACUAACCUAUACAUUCACAACCCCGCAGACUUGUCGAUCUGGAAGCACGAACCCUUCUCAUCCAGUGAUUGGCGGGAGUGGGUGGGGACUCAGGCCCGCAACUGUCGCAGAAGUCAUGACAGAUACCUUCGCGAUACGCUGCAUAUCCGCCCAGAAAUGGACGAGAUGCGUGCCCUACAGCGGAGUACGGAGCAUCUGUUUGUGCGUGCACUGGAUCGCAUGGAAGGCAAUUACACCCAACGCCUCACAGACACACUGAGGGAAACCACCACGGCCUUCCGUGGGGAGAUCAGUGAACUUCGGGCUGCGCUGAGGCGGUUAGGGCAAAGUAGCAGCCCUGCACGCAGAGAUGGGGACCCGCCCAGCAGCCAUAUACACGCUUAUAAUACACAUGCACACGGGUAUGAGAACAACCACAACCACAGCCACAACCAAGGUCAAGGUAUGCCUAUUCAGGGCAACCAGCACCAGGGCUCGGGUGCAUGGAUGUUUGCGCAUGGGGGAGAGUCGAGCAACAACGGGCGCCAUAUCACGAACGAUAUAGGCAUGGACGUGUUUGCGGGUGCGGGGGGUGCGGCUAGAUUGUCUACCGACAAUCCGCUGAAUUUCAAUAGUACUGAGAAUACGAACAACUUAGAUAUGUAUACAAACAUAGGCGCGGACCCCCUGGAUUUUGGGACCGACAGUCAUACUAACACAACCACAGCACACACAAACACGGCCGACACAGACGAGUUUGGGCUGAACCUGAAUACAAAUAUUAGAGUACACCGACGUGCUACUGUAGAUGCAGGCACGCAAACGAAUGAUACAGACGCCCAGAGCAAUGCGGGUGAAACGGGCGAAGGCAUAGACAAUGAUGCGCAAACACACACAGACACACAUACACAGACACCGGACAUACACACACAGACACCGGACAUACACACACAGACACCCGACACACACGCACAGUCGCCGGACGCAGAGGCCGAGGACAUGCCACAGGCGAUUGAGUACAUUCCGCCGGAACUCCCGAGCUCUCCGGAGUUCAAUGCGGAGCUGAUGAGCACUCCGUUGCCCGCUCCGUCAUCUCUGAUGCUGCUGCCGCCAAUAGACCCCCGCUAUAUGACAACACUCAGCGAGCCUGUGCCGUAUGGGAGUGUUGAGAGUGCGUCCGGUAUCUCAUUAGAUAGUGCGACGAAGGAUCCGGAUGGAGAUGAGCACGGUGAUGCAUACAGCGACGGUGUGGGGGAGGACGCAAGCAUAAGCAUGGAUGUGGAAGCAACCGAACCCUACGAAGGGGAACCCAGUGCCACUGAGAUGGUCGACAGCAGACCAAAGACCAGCCAGGAAAGGCACACCCGCCGGUCGAAGCGACAGGAGGGUGCGCGGGCCAAUGGAGACGCAGCAAUCAACGGACACGCACCGGUCAAUGGAGACGCAGCAAUCAACGGACACGCACCGGCCAAGGGUACGAACGGGUGUGGUGGCGGGCUUGCCUUGGAAAUGCCUGGCGCGGUGGAGGGAGUCAGUGCGAGGAAGUUCGGUACCACUACGCUGCGGAUCGUACACUCCGGCAAGCGGCGGCUGAGGGAGCACAGUCACAGAGGUGUGGCACCGACAGCCAACACGUGCAAGAAGCGCCGGACGGAUAAGGUCAGAGACCACGGUGACCGGAAUGGGGUGGAGUUGGAGAGUGAGUUGGAGGGAGACGCUGGACCCCCCACGCCCGUGGUGGCUGGUACCAAGACACACAAGAAGAAGCAGAGGAACGACAACCUACUGGUGAAAAACCACAAGUCUAAUUUCAGAGCCAUUCUGCGCUACACGCCCACGAUGGAGGCGCAGCUGGCCCACCGGCUCGAUGAGAUGACUGAGAAGAAUGUCAAGCGGUACUCUCGGUAUAAGGCCACUUUUGAGUUUGUCAAGAUUGUCGCGCACGUGCACCACGCCUACGUGCAUCAGAUAUCGGUCGAGGAUGCAGAGAUAAAGGCGGCGGCUGAUGAAGACGAGAGGGGGGCUAUGGAAAGGGCCUUGGUAAAGCAUAUGAAUAGCAUGGAGGGUAAGGAGAUCGACGGGGUCAGGCAGACAGCUCUGCUGAUUAUGGACCGGGUACUCGGGUGCGCCACGGUGGAGGAUGCGGAAUCUCGUGGGUCUGAUGAUCAACACGAUCAGGCAGACGGCACUGCUGAUUUUAGACGGGGUGUCCGGGGUGCGCCAAAGUGGAUGAUGCGGAAGCUUGGUAAAUGUCCGUCACGGGACAGCCCCUGCCUAAAGAAGAAGCAGAACGGGCAAUGUGGCACUGAUGGCGUGUGCUCGAUAAUAGGUCGUACAACUAUGAACCGGAUUUCGAUUGUACAUUUGAACGCUAUGGUGGGUGGUCAGGCAGAAAGCUCUGCUGAUUAUGGACCGAGUGCUCGGGUGCACCAAGGGCGGAAGCUCGGUAUAUGUCCGGUAUAG